UGCUGUGUGUGUGUGUGGGGAUGUGCAAGAUGAUACUGCCUGUGUGGGAGAAACCCCACUCCAGUGAGCAGUGAUCUGGCAGGGUAUUUACCUUCAGCUCUGCUAUGGGAGGACAGAUAACCAGGAACACACUGUAUGACUCUAUAGGUGGGACCCUUCCAGCUACCUCCCAUCGAUGUCACCACAAACCGAAGCACAGCAUGCCAAUGCCACAAUGUGGCACCCUAGUUAUCAGCCCGCUCCUCUUCCACCCCCAUGCCAAGGGAUCGCAAAUUAUUAUGGACACAACACAGAAAGCCGUGAAGAGGCAGGCUAGCUUCUGUAAUGCCAUUACCUUCAGUCACAGACCGAUUGUCAUCCAUGAACAAGUCAGGCUUAAGAUUACUAAAAAACAAUGUUGCUGGAGUGGAGCUCUUCGACUUGGUUUUACCUCCAAGGAUCCCUCGAGGAUUAAUCCGGACACCUUGCCUAAAUAUGCUUGUCCUGACCUUGUUUCCCAGAGUGGAUUCUGGGCCAAAGCAUUGCCAGAAGAGUUUGCAAAUGAAGGCAACAUCAUUGCAUUCUGGGUGGAUAAGAAAGGUCGAGUAUUUUACCGUGUUAAUGAUUUUGGUGCAAUGUUAUUCUUCAGUGGAGUUCGGACCACAGAACCUCUUUGGGCUUUAAUUGAUGUUUAUGGACUUACAAGAGGUGUAGAAUUGCUAGAUAGUGAAAUUAUCCCUCCUGAUUGUGUUCGUCCAAGAUCAUUUACUGCCAUCCCUAGACCAUCUUUGCGUAGAGAAACUGAAGAAACCCGUCUGUCCGUCAGUUUAUGUGACUUAAAUUUACAGGAAGAAAACUUUCAAACAAUGACAUCAAUGUGUCCUAUCCCACAAAAUUCUCUCAAUUCGCAGCAUUCCCAUCUACUUCCAUCCCAGCUGGAAAGUGAUCUACACUUCCAUCAGCUGCGAGGAGCCCAUAUAAAGACUUUAGAUGACCAAACAGUUGCAAGACUGGAACAUGCGCGAGAAGAACGGACUUUAGUCUUCACUAAUAGAUCUCUUAGGAUUAAUGAAACAAUCUUUGUUAAAAUCAACAAAUCAAACACUUCACGUUCUGGAACUUUGUCCUAUGGUGUUACAUCUUGUGAUCCCAGUACAUUGAGACCCAGUGACCUUCCUUAUAAUCCAGAGUCCUUGGUCGACAGGAAAGAGUUUUGGGCAGUGUGCAGGGUACUUUUGCCCCUCCAGAGUGGAGACAUACUAGGAUUUGUUAUAAAUGCAGAAGGUGAACUACAUUUAAGUCAUAAUGGUACCAACACUGGCAUGCAAGUUUGUGUGGAUUGUUCACAGCCCUUGUGGAUGUUCUUUGGCCUACAUGGAGCGAUCAUACAAAUUCGUAUAUUAGGUUCUACUAUAUCAUCUGAUCUCCGAGAGCCAUCCACACCAAGCUCCCCAACAUCAGGUCCAAACACUCCUACUGCACUGUGUAGUGGGAGCUCUGAGCCCAUACUGAACACAGGUGUACCCGGACCUAUGUGCAACUCUAUCAAUGGUACAGCCCCCAAUUCCCCUGUGAGCAUGCCUGAUUCGCCCAUCUCUCCAUCAGUCUCAGGGUCUUGGAGCGAUGAGUGUACAAUCUGUUAUGAAAACCUGGUGGACUCGGUCAUCUACUCUUGUGGGCAUAUGUGCUUAUGCUAUAGCUGUGGCCUGAAACUGAAGAAGACCAACAAUGCCUGUUGCCCUAUCUGUAGACGUAUCAUCAAAGACAUCAUUAAAACUUACCGUAGCAGUUAAAACCCCACUCUCAGACCGAGUCUUUCUUAAAAGAUGGAAACUUUAUGUCAAAUCGUACCCACGUUUCUUGUAAAAUAUCGUAAAGAAGCUAGAGGCAUACGGCUCUACAACACGUGCCUGCAUUGUGACUCUGAAGUCAAUGGAUAACAAGAUAUCAGGGAAGCAAAGUCUUGUCAUCGUUUUAACUUUCUUUUAAACGCAGAAGCUUCGUCUUUUGCAACUCACUGUAAAAGAAGAUUAUUGUUAAGGUUUGAGAUCAUGACAGGGGCCACAGAUUCUAAAAGGAAUGAAACAGCAAUACUGAAUAUACAGUAACUACCUAUUAACAACACAAAGACCAGGCCUACUCCGAGAGAAAUCUAUACUGGGAAUAUUAUCAUUUUUAGAAAGCGUAUCCUUGAAACCUUUUUAUCAAGACAAGUUAAAAAUGUAGGAAUUGGCGUUAUUUUAACAUUUUAUGGUACUUGAAGCUCACUCAGUUGCAAAUCAUUAAACAGUAUGAGACGUUUUUAAAGAAGGGAAUGUGUAAAAAAAAUAGGAAAAAUAUAGAACUAACAUUUGUAUUCCUUUUUUAUCAAUACAAUAUAUGCCUGAUAAUGUUACAACAUUAUUCUGCACCACUGUUAAAAGGCUUACAAUGGCCCUAUGCUGCUGUUUGCUUAAUGUUGUGGCAGAAUAACAUUAAAGGGAUAGGAAGGUCAAAAUUAAACUUGCAGGAUUCAGAUAGAGCAUGUCAUUUUAAGAUACUUUUAAAUUAACUUAUAUUUUCAAAUGUGCUUCGUUAUUUUGAUAACCCUUGUUGAAAAAUAAUACGCACAUAUCCUACACUAGUAAGAGCUGCUGCUAAUUGGUGCCUGCACACAUUUGUCUCUUUUGAUUGGCUAACUAGAUGUCUUUAUCUAGCUGCCAGUAGUGCGAAUUUGUUCUUACAACAAAGGAUAACAAGAUAAUUAAGCACAUUUGAUAAUAGAAGUAAAUUGUAAAGUUGUUUCAAAUUCUAUGUUCUAUCGAAAUCAUGAAAAAAAUGUUUGGGGUUUAAUGUCCCUUUAAUUAUAGAAUCUGCCUGGUGCAGAAGAUGGUUUCCAGAAACACCCAGCAUCAAAUAUAAUAAACAGAUAUGUGAAAUCACCGGUGCUCAUGCACGAGGCGAAAGUGCAUGCAAAGUACUUACUCCCAUAUUGGGAAAUGAUUGACAGGUUCAGGGAAAAAGGAGAUAAUUAUAACAAUAAUAGAAGAAAACAGUAACAUUUUUAAACCUUAAGAAUGGUGUUUUGAUAUUUACCAGAUGUCAGAAG